GUGCGCUCCCCCAUGCAGAAGCGGCGACGUCGCCAAUCCAAACCUGGCGGCAGUGACCCUGAGGAAGCGUCCGAGUCCUCCGAUGCCAGUGGUGAUCUGCACGAGAGAGUCUCGCCUCACAAUGGCGAGGCGUCCCCAAAGCGGCGCAAGGGCAGUGAAGCAUCUUCGGGUGCUUCCGCCUCGGCGUCUGGGUCGUCGUCGUCGAGCUCACCGAGCGACGAGUCCAGCGACGAAGGUGUUCCCGUCCCCAAGGGUUUCACCGUGUCCCAGACUGGCCAACCGCCUGCCGCACAAAAGAACCACGUUGCUCGCGUUGGUGCUCAGAACGGUAGCGUUGUGAACAGUGCGCAGGUGAUCAAGAACCCCCGCACACAGCAAAAGGCCAACUACCGGUUGAAGCUGCUAGCCGAGCUGCGUGGAAUUGUGGAGACCAUCUCGCAGCUCAGCAACCAGCUCACCGGCAACGGCGCAGCGUCGCCCAUGGGUAUGGCCGCAGGAAGCCGAGUGGACCCGGCGCUGGCGGAGGAGGUGCAACAGGACUUGACCUUCUUCCGCGACCAGAAACGUCGUCUCAAGCAGGAGCUCGACCUGCUCGAUGCGGCGGAGCGUAAGGGCUAAGCGUACAUGUACUGAGGUGAGUGUGGGUGCUUGAACGAACGAACGAACGAA